UUCCGGGUCCAGGAUGGAGGCGCUCCGGAGGCUGCGGCGGUUCGAUGCUUAUCCCAAAACCCUGGAGGACUUCCGGGUGAAAACCUGCGGAGGGGCCCUGGUGACAUUGGUCAGCAGUCUUAUCAUGUUGCUUCUGUUUUUCUCUGAGCUCCAGUAUUACCUCACAAAGGAGGUUCAUCCAGAGCUCUAUGUCGAUACGUCACGAGGUGAAAAGCUAAAAAUCAAUAUUGACACUAUUUUCCCACACAUGCCCUGUGCUUAUCUCAGUAUCGAUGCAAUGGAUGUGGCUGGGGAGCAGCAGCUUGAUGUAGAGCACAAUCUGUUCAAAAAGAGACUGGACCUGGUGGGCAAUGCCGUCAGUCCAGAGGUGGAGAAGCACGAGUUGGGAAAACAGGAGGAGGUAUUCAAUUCAACAAAGCUGGACCCAGACCGAUGUGAGAGCUGUUAUGGGGCAGAAUCUGAGGACAUGAAAUGCUGCAACACGUGUGCUGAUGUACGUGAAGCCUACAGACGGAAAGGCUGGGCGUUCAAAAAUGCAGACACCAUUGAGCAAUGCAUGAGGGAAGGAUUCACACAGAAGCUGCAGGAGCAGAAGAAUGAGGGCUGCCAGGUGUAUGGAUUCCUCGAGGUCAAUAAAGUGGCAGGGAAUUUCCAUUUUGCUCCUGGGAAAAGUUUUCAGCAGUCACAUGUCCAUGUUCAUGACCUGCAAACCUUUGGAUUGGACAAUAUAAACAUGACUCACUAUAUCAGACACCUCUCCUUUGGGAGUGAUUACCCAGGAAUUGUGAAUCCGCUGGAUGGAAGUAAUAUCACAGCACAACAAGCUUCCAUGAUGUUCCAGUACUUUGUGAAAAUUGUCCCAACAAUUUAUGUGAAGUUGGAUGGUGAGGUGGUGAGGACAAAUCAGUUUUCAGUCACACGGCAUGAGAAAGUUGCAAAUGGGCUGAUCGGGGACCAGGGGCUCCCAGGCGUCUUUGUACUUUAUGAGCUAUCUCCAAUGAUGGUAAAAUUUACAGAGAAACACAGAUCAUUCACACACUUUCUCACUGGAGUCUGUGCCAUCAUCGGAGGAGUAUUUACAGUGGCAAGUCUGAUUGAUUCGUUGAUCUAUCACUCUGCCCGUGCUAUACAGAAGAAGAUCGAGCUGGGAAAAGCUGCAUAGCGCAAGGGGCUAGUAGCGAGUGACUGAGUGCACACGCUGACUCUGGAUAUCUCCGUAUCAGAAGGAUCAUUCGUGCAAAGCGUCGGAUAACCUGGGCGAGGUUUCAUUGAGGCCGUUACAGUUAGUUUGUUUACACUGAAAUAAUGCCUGGCAUAUACAUGAUUCUGAAGCUGGAUGUUUGUAAGGGAAUUUAAUUUAUAAAAUGUGGUGAGCAGGUUUUUAUGUGUUUGUGAUCUUGAUCUCUGAAGGUGAAUCCUCACAAUCUUCCUCCCUAAAUCCUCUUGCUUCCUGGCCCACUCUCCCAACACUUCCCCUCCCUUAAUUUUCAUCUAAAACCAAUCCGAGUCCUCAUUUGCAAGAAGCAUUGAUUGAGAUUGGGCAGCUCUCUCUCCUCCCUGUGACAGGAGCUUCCCUGUUCAGACACAGCUGCUUAUGGGCUCAUUCCCCUCAGCUAUAGUCUUCUCCUGUGUUGGUGACUGUAGAGACAGAAACAGACCAAUUGUCCCACCUCAGUGCCCCCCUACUGCACCUUAACCACAGCUUUCCUUCCAACCAGGGUCAGCUCCUGAUGUGAACCAUUUUACUUGCUUUAAGAUCUAUUCUGGAGUUUUCGUUGGGACAGUGUAGAGGGAGCUUUACUCUGUAUCUAAUGCCGUGCUGUCCCUGUCCUGGGAGCGUUUGAUGUGGACAUUGGUCAGUUGAACAGCACCUUCUCUGAUUACAAUUUCUGAAGUUGAGCUAAAAGAAUAAUUUUAAAUAAAAUCUCCAUUAUUUCCAAUUGUUAAAAUUUGACAAUAUUAUUAACACUGGUAUUUUUGUUUGAUGAAAAUUCUGUGUUGAAGCCUUUCCUGUUGAAUGUUUGUUUAUUAAAGUGAACAGGUUUCUCUUUGUGAUUACCCAGAAGCAGUCACAACAUUCUCCCUCCAGUUCAGGCAGUUGUUCUGUUUCAAGGACUAAAUCCUAAAUAUCGUGGAAGUUUGUGCCUGAUUGGAAGCUCUUUAUGGAUUUGGGAUCUCUCCGGGUGGGGAUCUUGACGUCGUCAUUACUGUUUGUGAAAAGAUUUGUAACUCGGGUGCUCGUUGUUGUGGUUCUGUUCGCCGAGCUGGGAAUUUGUGUUGCAGACGUUUCGUCCCCUGUCUAGGUGACAUCCUC